AUGGCGUUCUGGUGGCCGUUGAUUGUACUAGCUCUCGCUUACGGCCUCUGUCGCUUCUUGUUCAUGCUCAUCCCCGUCAAUGUGCCUUCGAUCGACGUCGACGUCUCCGACGUUACGGAAGGGAAUCAGGCGCAGGAGAACAGCUUCAUUUACAUACCGCCGAGAGGAAGGACGCAGCAGUCGGAAAAGAAAGUUCAGUGCUAUGAACCUGCUACCAUGAAAUACUUGGGAUACUUCCCUGCGUUGUCGCCUUCUGAGGUCGAGGAACGAGUUGCUCUGGCUAAGAAGGCACAGACAGUGUGGGCAAAGAGCAGCUUCAAGCAGCGACGCCAGUUUCUGAGGAUUCUUCUGAAAUACAUUAUCGAACACCAACAGCUCAUUUGCGAAGUUUCGUCUCGUGAUACUGGAAAGACAAUGGUUGAUGCAUCUUUAGGAGAAAUAAUGACCACUUGUGAGAAGAUUACUUGGCUACUCUCAGAGGGCGAGCGUUGGCUAAAGCCUGAAUACAGAUCAACUGGGAGAUCAAUGAUUCACAAAAGAGCUAGGGUUGAGUUCCAUCCCCUCGGUGUUGUUGGUGCCAUUGUUUCCUGGAACUACCCCUUUCACAAUGUCUUUAAUCCAAUGCUGGCAGCAGUUUUUUCAGGCAAUGGCAUUGUGAUUAAGGUCUCAGAACAUGCAAGCUGGUCAGGCUGUUUCUACUUCAGGAUAAUCCAAGCAGCUCUUGCUGCUGUUGGUGCUCCUGAUAAUCUGGUUGAUGUAAUUACCGGGUUUGCUGAAACAGGAGAAGCAUUGGUGUCUUCAGUUGAUAAAGUCAUAUUUGUUGGAUCUCCUGGUGUUGGAAAGAAGAUAAUGAGAAAUGCCGCCGAUAAUCUCGUCCCAGUUACACUUGAGCUCGGAGGAAAGGAUGCAUUCAUUGUCUGUGAAGACGUUGAUGUGCCUCAUGUCGCACAAGUGGCUGUUCGGACCGCCCUCCAAUCAUCUGGACAGAACUGUGCUGGGGCCGAGAGGUUCUACGUUCACAGAGACGUAUACGCUUCAUUUGUCAGCGAAGUUUCCCAGAUUGUAAAAUCUGUUUCCGCCGGUCCGCCACUUACCGGAAGGUACGACAUGGGAGCUUUAUGCAUGCAAGAGCAGUCUGAGAGGCUUCAGAACCUCGUAAAUGAUGCUCUGGAAAAAGGAGCAGAAAUCGUUGCUAGAGGAAGUUUCGGUCACCUUAGCGAAGGUGCCGUCGAUCAGUUCUUCCCCCCGACGGUGAUCGUAAAUGUCAACCAUACCAUGAAGAUAAUGCAAGAGGAGGCGUUUGGACCAAUCCUGCCCAUCAUGAAGUUCAGCACCGACGAAGAGGCGAUCAAGCUUGCGAACGACUCGAGAUACGGGCUCGGUUGCGGUGUGUUCUCCGGCAAUCAGAGACGGGCCAGGGAGAUAGCUUCACAGAUACACACUGGAAUCGCCGCUGUCAAUGACUUCGCAUCCUCCUACAUGUGCCAGUCCUUGCCGUUCGGCGGCGUUAAAGACAGUGGGUUCGGACGAUUUGCCGGCAUCGAAGGGUUGCGAGCUUGCUGUCUAGUGAAGUCGGUAGUUGAGGACAGGUGGUGGCCGUACGUCAAAACCAAGAUACCCAAGCCAAUUCAGUAUCCUGUUUCGGAGGGUGGUUUUGAGUUCCAAGAGUCGCUUGUGGAAGCACUGUAUGGGUUGAACAUACGGGAUCGUCUGCGGGCGCUGGUUACCGUUCUCAAGGCUCUAUCCGAGCAAAACUCCGGCAGUAGCACCAGCAAACGAAGUGAUUGA